CUCCCUUCAUGUCAUUGUGAGCUGCACUCUGUACUCGAUUGGUCUUGUCUGGAGAAACCAUGGCAGACCUAGAGUAUACUGUUACCAUUCCUAAUUUCAGCUGUCUUCUCCAAAUGGAUCCCUAUCUAAAACCGUUCGAGAAGGACUUCCAAAGGAGGUAUGAACUGCUGCAAAAGCAGCUUUUCCAGCUGGAAGAAGCAGAGGGAGGCUUUGACCAGUUCACGCGCAGUUACAAGAACUUUGGUGUGCAGCGACAGUCUGACAACAGCCUGUACUUUAAGGAAUGGGCUCCAGCUGCUGAGGCCCUGUUUCUAGCUGGUGACUUCAAUGGCUGGGACAAGUUUUCCCACCCUUACACCAAGAAAGAAUUCGGCAAAUGGGAACUGAUUCUUCCACCCAAAGAUGACAAGUCUCCGGCUGUGGAUCACAACACUAAGCUCAAGGUGGUAGUUCACACCAAGGAGGGUGAGCGCCUGUAUCGGAUAUCGCCUUGGGCAAAAUAUGUGACCAGGGAGGAGAAAUCUGUCAUCUAUGACUGGGUUCACUGGGAUCCCCCUCAGCCUUAUAUUCAUGUCCAUCCUCGGCCAAAUAAACCCUCCAGUCUGAGAAUAUAUGAAGCUCAUGUGGGUAUCGCUUCACCAGAGCCAAAGAUCGCCUCGUACACAAACUUCACAACAAAUGUACUACCUCGAAUAAAAGACUUGGGGUACAAUUGUAUUCAGCUGAUGGCUAUCAUGGAGCAUGCCUACUAUGCAAGCUUUGGAUAUCAGAUUACAAGCUUCUUUGCUGCUUCCAGUCGCUAUGGUACCCCAGAAGAGCUGAAGCAGCUCAUUGAUGUAGCUCAUUCAAUGGGCAUUGUGGUUCUGUUGGAUGUGGUUCAUAGCCACGCAUCAAAAAACACGGAGGACGGCCUGAACCACUUUGAUGGCUCGGACUCGUGUUUCUUCCACUCGCCACCCAGAGGGGAGCACUCACUCUGGGACAGCUGCCUCUUCAACUACUCCAGCUGGGAGGUGCUGCGGUUCCUGCUGUCAAACCUGCGCUGGUGGAUGGAGGAGUACCGCUUUGAUGGCUUUAGAUUUGACGGCAUUACCUCAAUGCUCUACCAUCACCAUGGUAUCGGCACUGGCUUCUCAGGGGACUACAGUGAAUACUUCGGCCUUCAAGUGGAUGAAGACUCUUUGGUUUACCUCAUGAUUGCCAAUCACAUCCUCCAUACUCUUUAUCCCGACUGCAUCACAAUUGCAGAGGAUGUGUCGGGGAUGCCUGCUCUCUGCAGCAAAGUGGAGGAGGGAGGAGUUGGCUUUGAUUACCGUCUGGCUAUGGCAAUUCCUGACAAGUGGAUUCAGAUCCUGAAGGAGUUAAAGGAUGAGGACUGGAACAUGGGCGAUAUUGUCUAUACUCUGACCAACAGGAGAUAUGGAGAGAAAUGCAUUGCCUAUGCAGAAAGUCAUGAUCAGGCUCUGGUUGGUGAUAAGACCUUAGCCUUCUGGCUGAUGGACAAGGAGAUGUACACCAACAUGAGCUCUCUGAUCCCCAUGUCGUCUGUCAUCGACCGCGGAUUGCAGUUACAUAAGAUGAUCCGCCUCCUCACCCAUGGUCUGGGUGGAGAAGGCUACCUAAACUUCAUGGGAAAUGAGUUUGGCCAUCCUGAGUGGCUGGAUUUCCCCAGAGAGGGCAACAAUCAGAGUUACCACUAUGCCCGCCGGCAGUUUAACCUGUUGGAUAUAGAUCACCUUCGCUACCGUCAGCUCUACGCCUUUGACCGGGACAUGAACCGCACUGAAGAAAAGUACGGCUGGCUGGCAGCUCCACCUGCUUUCAUCAGCGCCAAGCAUGAAGGGGACAAGGUCAUUGUGUUUGACAGGGCAAACGUGGUCUUUAUCUUCAACUUCCACCCCAGCAAGAGUUUCCAGGGCUACAGGGUGGCUGUAGAAGCUCCAGGAAAAUAUAAAAUCAAGCUGGAUUCAGACGAAGUUCAGUAUGGAGGGCACGGACGACUCGACCACAGCACAGAGUUCUUCACAGAAGCCCAGCCCUUCAACGGCCGCUCCAACUCAAUGCUGGUCUACAUCCCCUGCAGAACAGCUAUUGUCCUGGCCAACGAGGAGAUAGAUUACUGUUAUUAGAGGAUGAUUGUCUCCACAGAGACCAGGAUUGAGAACGGAUUCCAAACUCAAACUGAGUGUUAACAAUCACCUUCAUCUUAAAGUGUCAACCUUGUGCACCAGCCAAACCCACUCUUUGUGUCCAAGCCUUUUUCCAAAAUGGAGGAGUGGAGAAAAAAAAAAGAAAAAGAAAAAAAAAUAAUUUUAAGCUUGUGUGCCUUCAAAUACCAUCUGCAACCCCAGACACUGUGUAAUGCCAUUUACUUCAGAUUGGUCCAUUUGGGAAGCGUCCAACCUAACCAGCAGCUAGACGCUAAAACUCAAAAACCCUGCCGAGUCCAUCCGCCUCUAGCCAGCAGCCAUUUAUAGGCUCGGUUGCAUUUGGCACGUCAUCUGAAAAAACAUGUCUGGUAACUGUGGCAAAGGGAAGCUAAACGGGUGACAUUCGUUGCUUCACAUUACACAAGCAAAUAAAAAUGUUUAAGGAUAACCAGUGUGUUGACAUGCAGUUUUUUUGGUUUAUUUAAUCUGUGAAUCAACGUGAAGAAACUUGCAGUAUCACGAGAACUUGAAAAUCCAAAUGUACAGGUGUUUAAUCUCUGGUGAUCCGUCUUUGUUCCUUUGCACUGUGAGAGAUGUAUAAGAAUAAAGUAAUAAACUACUUUCAAUUAUCAUGUCAUGAGUUUCUAAAAUUGUUAUGUUUGAAUUUAUGCAGUUGACUCAGGUAUUAAACCAAUAAUUUGCAGCUAAAACAGUGAAAUAAAUCACCUCGUUUUGUCUUAGUUUGUUGCAUAACAUGAAAAAAGAAACCAUUUGAGCAGACUUACCCCAUUUUCUCAUGUCUUUAAGUCAUGCAAAUCACAUUAAAUAGUGCAAUCCAUGAAUUUUACUCAACUUAUGAAACUAAAUUCUGCUAGAAGAAGUUGAUACUGAUGAUCACAAGUAUGACUCACACCCUUUGCUGCUUUAACAUAUUGUGAUUUGUGUGCACUGUGCUCAUUAUGAACUGUCACAUUCCCCUGGGAUCAUAUCAGGAAAACAUAGAAACACCCUAAAUUCACAGAGUGACAUGUGCCUCUUUCAAUUAGCGCUGACUUCUGUGGCUUAUGCCUCCACACACUUGAUGAUUGAACAUCUCAAAGUGCAGCUGCUCUACUGUUACAGGAGAAGGUUAUUGAUUAAGGCGAGGCGAGAAGCAUCGCUGAUGUCUGUUGACACUUGAACCCACGAUCCCAAAACGUCACAAAAAAAGCAUGUUCCACAAAUGACUGCGGAAGCUGAUCUUUUUACACCCUUUAUGCACUUGUGUGUUUCAUCCUCUUAAAAGUCCCUCGCUGCUAUGUAAAUAGAUGUGUUUUGGACAAUUUUAGGCACCCUCUGUAUGUUUUAUCAAAGCACCAUGGAUGGAAAUGAAAGAAGAGCAGUCCAAACAAAAGCAAAUUCCUUGAUUUAGCACAAAGGGUACUGUCAUCCACACCUACUGCACUAGUGCAGACUGUCAUUUAAGCUGUGUAUUGUAGCAUAUGGUUGCUUUUGAUCUCCUUUCCCUGCAGCUGAAGAAAACACAUUUAUAUUCAAGACCACCGUUCUCUUUAGUCAAAAGUAUGAACAUGUAAUUUCUUCUGCUUAAAAUACCUUUCUCCACCUCUUCAAUAACACAUAGAGGAUCACUUUGCAAAUGUCAUAAGCAACAAGGUUGUGUAUAUAAAUUAGUGUUUGAUCACCCCUCAUCUGACCCAAUGUCAUUGUCUUCUUACUACAGCCACAAUGAAUGGACUUGCAUUUAUUCUUAGAGAAAACUGUGAUGUUUGACACUGUAUCUGUUUCAGAAUUUGUGUGUCAUUACUACUAACAAUAAUAAAUCAGUGUUUGUGAAGCCACAGGAAUGUGGAUGAACUGA